GCAAGCUAUUACCCCGGGUUACCUCAAAGCUUCUUAGCUUGCGCAAUCCCACUCAAGCCAACAGACACCACACCGCGCCAAACAACUCUCACGAAUCAUUCACCAACUUUCCAACUCCCGAGUUUCACAAGAAACUCAAUACUCAAUCGACUAUAAACUCCCCCACCCACCGCUCUCUUCUCUCACCCCGUUUCAGAAACAUAAGAAAAGAUAUCAUGGCCGACCGGCCACACCGAGGCGGAGGCGGCGGCGGCGGCAACCGGGGCAACUACCGAGGACGUGGCGGGGGUGACCGUGGAGGUCGCGGCGGUAGGGGCGGCGACCACCACCACGGCGGCAAGAACAACGACCAGCAGGGCGAGCGCGAGCGGCCAAAGAAGGAGAACAUCUUGGACCUGGCGAAAUACAUGGACAAGGAAGUGCAGGUCAAGUUUAACGGCGGGCGCGAGGUCACUGGAACUUUAAAGGGCUACGAUGCGCUCAUGAACCUGGUGCUGGAUGAGGUCAAGGAGACCAUGAGAGACGAAGAAGGGAACGAGUCCAGCCGGUCACUGGGCCUCGUCGUCGUACGCGGCACCCUCCUGGUCGCCAUCAGCCCCACGGACGGCUCAGAAUCCAUUGCAAACCCGUUUUUGCAGCAGGGGGAUGACGAGUGACGGCAGGGACGGAUAUAUAUGAGGUGACAGGAAGAGUGAUAAAAGAGUUUAAAGAAGAAAGACAGAAAGUCAUGUCUUUUGGGCUCUUUUCAACGGCCUUUAACUGUAACAAAGGCAAGAUGGAAAUGGGCAGAGAGAGGCGGUUAUCUCUCAAAGAGCCGUGUGGGACGAGAACAAAACCAUAAGAGCAGAAAUAGUGUGGUUAUCUCUUGUAGAUACGGCGGCCAGAUCAACGCCAGGCGCAUGACAGAUAUGUCUAUGCCAGCCGGAGACCAAAGCUUAAUAAAUACCCAGGGUGG